AGAAAGACAAACAAAAGCACGUCAAAACAAAAACAUAGCACAUAAGCAAUCCCUUCCUCCAUCAAACCUUGUUUUUCACUCUUUCAUCUCUUGUUCUCCACCCAAAUUAAUCACUCUCUCUCUCUCUCUCUCUCUCUCUUGGUGGUGUUGGAGACAGAAAUACCCAUCAAUGGAAAACACCUCAAAACCCCAAGAUAGAGAGAACCCAUCUCCCACAAACUCCCCAACUAGCAAUGUAAGCAAUGGGUUCCAAAAUCAAAAUCCCACACCACCUCUCACGCCUAAAGCUAUCCCCAGAUCUGACUCUAACCCUUACCCAACAACCUUUGUACAAGCAGACACAUCAAACUUCAAACAAGUUGUCCAAAUGCUCACAGGCUCAUCAGACACCACCUCAACCAAACAGUCUUCAAAAGAUCCACUACCACAAUCAUCAUCAUCAUCAUCAAAAAACCACCAUCACCACCAUAGCAUACCACCCAUCAGAACUCCACAAAAGAAACAACAAGGCUUCAAACUCUAUGAGAGAAGGAACAACCUCAAAAACAGCCUCAUGAUCAACACUUUGAUACCUAAUUUUGCUCAUCAGACAGCUGGGUUCUCGCCACGUAAUAAGCCUGAGAUUCUGUCUCCAAGUCUGCUUGACUUUCCUUCACUUGCUCUUAGCCCUGUUACCCCAUUAAAUGGUGAAGACCCUUUUGACAAAUCCUCCUCACCUUCUCUUGGAAGCUCCUCAGAGGAAGAGAAAGCCAUCGCUGAGAAAAAGUUUUACUUGCAUCCAUCACCGAUCACAACUCCUAGAGACGCUGAGCCACAGCUUUUGCCUUUGUUUCCUCUUACUUCACCAAGAGUUUCGGGGUCUUCUUCCUGAAGAAAGUUCAUUUUCUUGUAUCAAUUGGUGGGUUUUGGAAUUGGAUGCAUGGUUCUCAAUCACAACUAGACAUCUUGCUUUUUAAUUGUACAAUUUGAUCUCUCUUCCAUAGAAAGGUAAAGAUGCUUUUUUUUUCUUCUUUUUUUUCUUUUUUUGGAAAUUUUAUGGCUAUAUUAUCAUAAUUAAGAACUAUCAACAUGA